AUGGAAGAUCAUAGACAGCAUGUGGUUGACAUUGAGCCGCAGGUUCAAGAAGGGCAACAGGCUCAGAAACUAGCAAAGAUGGAGAACGCACUGGCAUUGGUUCGUGAUGAUGCUGGAGUCUGGAGAGACCAAGAUGGUCAUCAUCCUUUCCAUGGUCUUUCUCAUGAGCACCCGAUGGAUCAUAUUGAGAGGUUUGAGGACUUGUUGUUCCCAUACUCUCUUGCUGGAGAAGCAGCUAAUUGGUUGAAGCAGUUGGAGCCUGGUUCGUUGAAUACUUGGGAAGAGACCAGGAAUGCCUUCCUGCACAACUUCUAUGACAAUGCCAGGUCUGAAGAGUGGAGACUCAAAAUCUCAACGUUUUCUCAGGGACCAACUGAGGCGUUCAAAGCUGCUUGGGUGAGACUCAAGUCGUACCAGCGAGAUUGCCCCCAUCAUGGUUUCAGCGAUGUGCAGCUGUUGGGUAUUUUCUUCAGGGGUGUUGAUUGGAGGUAUCAGAUGGCUCUUGAUGCUGCAAGCAAUGGGAAUUUCAACACCAGAUACCCUAAAGACGCUGUUGUGCUUAUUGAGAACUUGGCAUCUAGCAAUAGUACCAAGAAUGCAGACGAUCAGCGAAGGAAGCAGGCUGGAAACAUGGAUGAAUCGCAGAUUGCUGAGGUGAAGGCUAAGCUAGACUCUGUGCAUAGUCUUCUUGUGGGUAAGAAAUCUGUCAGAUACCCUGCAGAAGUUCAGAAUUUCGGACCAGGUGAAGCUUUUGAGGAAGAGGAUGUUAACUUCAUCAAUGGAGCUGGAUUUCAGGGUCAGAGAUUUGGUUCUGGGCAAGGGAACACGAACUACCCUGGAAAUAAUCAGAGGAGUACCUUCACAGGUAAUCAGAACUCUUCUGGUUACAGCUCCAAACCUCAGUACCAGACAUCCUACUGCAACAACAGUUUUUCAAGGAACUAUGGUUCUCCUCCUACUCAAACUCCAAAUAAUGAGGUGAAGUCCAUGCUGGAACAGAUCUUGGAAGGACAGCAGAAGAUGACUGUGGAUUUCAAUGGGAAGAUUGAUGCUCUGUAUCUGGAUCAGAAUGGAAAAAUUGAAGUUCUGAACACUCAUGUCAAGAAGCUUGAUACUCAGGUUGCUCAAACUGCAGAGUCUGUAAAAAGGCAAGACGGAUUCUUUCCUGGGAAGACUGAUACCAAUCCUAGGUAUUAUUGCAGUGCCAUCUCGUUAAGGAGUGGUAAAAAGUUGACUCCUGUGCUUAAAAAGGGUGUUUCUGAGGAUGCAAUCGUGGAGUUUGACGAAUCUGAAGAAAAUUUCAAAACUGCAGAGCCAGUGUCGAGCGACACCACCACUAGUGUGAAGCUGAAGUUGUUCAGAAUCUGA